GGCAAAAAUAAAAUUACAAAAAAAAAAAAAGGAAAAAGAAAAAGGGCAAAAGGAAAUUAUAAAAUUUGUGGUUUUAUGCUGCGAACGUGGAAUCACUGAAAACAAAUUGAGGUUUGGGAGUCCAAUAAACACAACGGAACAGUAACCAGAUACACUUGGGAGUGAAGCAGGGCUGAGUAACAGGGUGGUUCGCCGAGAAAAAAGGCCGAGAAUUUCACGGAUAAAGCUUCGAGACGUUUUGUGGAAGGUGGAGGACAAACAUUGGGAUUAAUUACAAAGAUAGAUGUUCCAGAAGCCUCCAGCAGUAUCCUCUGCUUUAUGGAAUUCAUCUCAGAAGGGUGUUUGCUUGAGCAUUGUUGGGUUUAAGAGACCUCAAUUAUCAGCUUUAAGGUCAUAUACAAUUGGAUUCAAGUUCAAGCACGAACAGCUUCACAAAGACAUAAGGAACAGAUUUGAGACUGUAGUAUGUGCCAGUCAGAAUCCAGGGCCGAAUUCAACUUUCGAGAAAUCGUAUCCCCAAAAUGUGGAUCUUCCUCCAAUACUACCAAAGAAAAAAAAGAAACCUUAUCCUAUUCCUUUAAAGAAGAUCCAACGUGCCGCAAGAAAGGACAAGAAAUUGGCAGAAAUGGGUAUGGAGAAGCCCCUUGAUCCUCCAAAAAAUGGACUACUUGUGCCUGAACUAAUUCCUGUUGCAUAUCAAGUGCUGGACGCCUGGAAAAUUUUGAUUAGAGGUGUUGCUCAGCUCAUGCAUGUCAUACCUGUAUAUGGUUGCAGUGAGUGCUCUGAGGUUCAUGUGGCCCAGACUGGUCACUGCAUUCAAAAUUGCCUUGGUCCAACUAGUGCAAAGCGUCGAAGCUUCCAUGCAUGGGUUAAGGGUUCCAUCAAUGACAUACUUAUCCCCAUUGAAUCAUAUCAUCUCUUUGACCCUUUUGGUAGGCGUAUUAAACAUGAAACUCGUUUUGAGUAUGACAGAAUUCCAGCAAUUGUGGAGCUAUGCAUCCAAGCUGGUGUGGAUAUACCAGAGUACCCUUCAAGGCGAAGAACUAAACCCAUCCGCAUGAUUGGGAAGAAAGUGAUUGAUCGAGGAGGAUAUAUUGAGGAACCUAAGCCAUGGCGUACUGCAAGUCCAUCUUCACUUGUUGAUCUUGAUACACAUGGGGCUGCUAGGCGGUUUCCACCUCCACUUUCCUCGGAUGUACCCAGGAUUGCACAAGAGACAAUGGAUGCAUACGAAACCGUUAGAUAUGGGGUGACAAAAUUGAUGAAGAAAUACACUGUGAAGGCAUGUGGAUAUUGCUCGGAGGUCCAUGUGGGGCCCUGGGGUCACAAUGCGAAGCUAUGUGGUGAAUUUAAGCACCAGUGGAGGGAUGGGAAGCAUGGUUGGCAGGAUGCCACUGUGGAUGAAGUUUUUCCUUCAAAUUAUGUGUGGCAUGUUAAAGACCCAAAAGGGCCUCCAUUAAGGAGUGCACUCAAACGGUUCUAUGGCAAGGCUCCUGCUGUUGUUGAAGUCUGCUUGCUGGCAGGUGCAAAGAUCCCCGAGAAAUACAAGCCCAUGAUGAGGCUUGACAUUGUAAUCCCUGAAACUGAUGAAACAAACUCAGUUGCCUAAUUGAACUGUCAAUGUGAUAAAAGACAAGAAUUUUAGUACAGUACACUACAGUACAAUCUUAGCCUUGUAUAGUUUUACGGCCAAAUUUCUCAAUGGCAUUAGACUAGUUUGAAAGCAUUUAUAAAACUAUGUGUUCCCAAAUGGAGUGUAAGCGCAAACCUCUUCAAUC